AUGCGGCAUGCCUAUGGUCAGUAUGAAGCCGUAGCGUUUGGCAAUGAUGAAACAAACACCUUACAAGGGCAAGGUGUUGACAAUUGGGGUGGUAUGAGUUUGACGAUGGUCGAUGCCAUAGACACGUUACUUUUGAUGGGCAUGAGAGCUGAGUAUGAGCGCGCUGUUGGAUGGCUCUAUCAGCACUAUAAGGAGGCGCACGGCAAGGAUCUCUGGGUCAACACUUUCGAGUCCACAAUUCGGAUAUUGGGCGGGUACGUGGGCGGCUGGGCUCUGAGUGCUCCUGGUUCCCCCGAGAGGGCUAUGUUGGCCGAGAUGGCUGAGGACAUCGGAGUGAGGUUAGUGAAAGCCUUCCACCUCGGUACUGGCGAGCCCCACUUACCAUACUCGGACAUCAAUCUCGCCACUGGUGAAUCUGCGCUGCUGGGAGGAUUUGUCAGUUUAUCGGAGGCCAACAUCGGUCUCGACUUGAACGCUGCCACUAUGCUCACCGGGAAUCCUGUUUUCGCUCGGGCUGCCGCGAACGUUCAUAACUUUCUGCGGAAGCAUUACAAUUCUGAUUCGAUCGGCCUUCUCCCCGUCUUGCUACCAUUAGUUCCACAUGGAGUUGGCGACGUGGGGCUCAUUACCGACAACAAGCUAGGCCUGGGUGCGCGAGGCGACUCUUACUAUGAAUAUCUGCUGAAGGAAUGGAUACUGGGAGGAAAGAGCGACGCCUCUUUAUUAAAUACCUGGCAGAGGAGUCUUUAUAAGAUCUAUCACAACUUCAACUCACAUGCCGAGGUUGGAGGAAUCGGUCAGGACCGCAUUGCUGACUGCGGCACCGCCGGUAGGAGCAGCAGCAUCCGAGGAGGAACUACCGGGAAGCGCAAACCAGUUCACCUCGGAUUUCGGAUAGCAGCCGAGGAGCUGAGCACACUGCAUAGUUUGGUCGUUAGGAAAGCAGCAGAUGUGAGUGCACGAGAGAGGAUGCUCUUGCAUCGACAGAGCGCUGUGGGAGCUGAGAUAGUGAAGGCACAGCAGAUGGUCCAGGAGCUCGCCGCGAGGCUGCUCGUAGAUGCUCAAUCGACGCUCAACUCUACAGCAGGGAAGUUGACCAAAAGGAUGGAGGCUCUUAUGAGUCGAGUUACUUCAAUGUUGCAAGAGACCCGGCGGACGGCAAGCGAGAGGAGACAGAGGGAGAAGGCAGAUGCUCUCGUCCAGGAAGAGCUGAAAUCAUUGAGGUCUCGCAUUGCUUCGUAUAAGUCGGCUGCUACCUCGGCAAAGGAGGAAUGUGCCAGAUUGAAGAAAAAGAUGAACGAGAUGUCAACGAUCACCGAUGCUCUUCGAGCUAGGGUGUCAACCUUGAAGACUGCUGCCGGGGCUGCGAGGGAGGAAUGCAUCCGUUUGAAGACGAGACUAGAGGAGGCUCGGGGGGACGCAGAGAAAGCAUCUACACUCCAGGCGAAGCUUCGGAGGAAAGUCGCCGAUCUAGAGGCACAGAAUAGGAUGGCACGGGAGGAAAUCAUAGAAGUUGAACACCGCGCGGCUGAGAACAGUCUGGCGGAGGUUGGAAGACUCGGUUGGUUCCCUUGUGCUUAG